ACAGACUCGGACCAAAGCUAGCAAACCGGAAAAUGGAGGAGAACACAGUAACAACCACUGCUGAUUUCUCCGCUACCACUGCCACCGAUACGUCUCCGCCGCCACAGCGCCGCUCCAUUUGUGGUAACUGUAGCCGGCCCCUUCCAGUCUGCCUCUGUCACGCCCUGCCGGCCUCCCCGAUCCCCACUGCCACCCAAAUCAUCAUCGUGCAGCACCCUCACGAGUCCCACCACAAACUCAACACUAUCCCUCUCCUCACCAGAUCCCUCCUCCACGCUACCGCUUUCAUCAGCCGCAAGCUCCGCCCAAAUCUCCACCCUCUCCUCGAUUCCUUACGUAACAAUAUAAACGACAACGAUCACUCCCCUCGCGCCAUCUACCUCUUCCCGCCUUCUUCUUCCUCACCGGCCGUCAGUCUAUCAGAACUCAAAAACAUGUUAAAUGAAGGCGACGGUGGUCGUGGUUUGGUUCUGAUCGUGUUCGACGCGACAUGGAAGCACGCGAGGGAGAUGGUGAAAGCGAGCGAAGGAUAUUUGGGGCAAUUCGCAUUAAGGGUGUGUUUGGAUGGUGGUCUGAAUGAAGAGGCGGAGGGGGGCAGCAUAUACGAAUCGGAGUUGGUGUUGAGGAAGGAACCGUGCGGUGGGUGCGUGACGACGGCGGAGGCCGUGGCUAGGUUUUUGCGGGUGGUCGAGCCCAAUGGGCCUGAGAUUGAGAGCAAAAUAAUUGGAUCUCUGAGGGAAAUGGUGAGGUUACAGGCCCGGUUUUUGAAGCCCAUGAAGCCCAGGCCCAGGUUAUUGAGGCAGAGUAACCAGAAGGAUUAAUACACAUGAAGCAAGACAUCUCGAGUCCCAAGUUUCAUAUUUCUUUUACAUUUUUUGUUAGUCCGUAUUAUUACUAUUUAUUAAUGAAACUUUCUCAAUUAAUUUCCCCCA